UGCUGCUCGUCCUCUCCCACUCAGCGGCGCCGGCUCAAGGCAACAAUGGGGAAGGCGGAAGUGGCGGCUUCGGCCCGGCGGCCUCGCAGCCUCUGCCCAGGGGAGGCGGCCGGGCAACGCUGAGGGGCCGGCGGGGCGUCUUUCCCUCUCGCUCCGCAGGCCCAGCGGUAGGACGCGCCGCUGCUUCGCCCCAAGCAACGCCUCCGUGGGCUGGAAACGGCGGCUUUGCUUCUCCCUCUGCCCCGGCUAGGCACCCCCAGCCGCUUCAGUGAGGGGUGGGGAGGCAUUAGGGAACCGAAGCGAGGAGACAAGCCUGGCGCAGCCUCGCUCGGGCGGGCGCAGGUUUCCCUCAGCCGCAGCCCCCUUUGCCCACCUCCAAAUGGUUUUUUUUAAAUGCCGCUCUCUUGGGGUUUCCCCGCCCCACUCCUAGGGCGCUGGAUUCGUCCCCGAGGCUGUGGGGGAAGCGCAGAGGGUGUUUGCUAGGGAGGGAGGCAGAGAGAGAGAAGUUUCCCUUGGGGACUUUCUCCCUGCUUCUUUAAAUCCUGCAGUGCUGGUUUCUGCCCUCUCCACCCCGCCACUUUUAAAAAAGCGAAGGGGGUAGCAGGUGGAAAUCCCGCUCGCUGAGCAGUGGGCUUAAGAUACAAGCUGUGUCCUGAACACAAGUGCAGGGAAACAGGGCUGAUGCUAGAAAGAGAGGGGCAGGGAAGCAGUGCAAAUGAAUACGGAGGGCAUAAUCGAAGCUAGAAUCUUGCCCCACUUGUUGUUAGGAAGCUGACCAAGGAGCAGUUGAGACCCUUGUGCCUGUAUGUCAUCAAAGGUCUGUCAGCCUAAACUGAGCUGCCUUAGUAUGAAGUGUACCUGCCUAUAGACCAGGUUAUCUGCAUGGCUGUUGCUGCUUAAAAACCCCCAACCCCCCCCACCUGCUCCACCCCACUGACAGUAUGUUGGCUGAACAAGCCCAGAAGUGGUUCCCAACUCACGUGCAGGUCACAGUCCUGCAGGCCAGAGACCUGAAGCCGAAGGGCAAAAGUGGCACUAAUGAUACAUACACAAUCAUACAGUUGGGAAAGGAGAAAUACUCCACCUCCGUGGCAGAGAAGACCCUGGAUCCUAUAUGGAAAGAAGAGGCCUCCUUUGAGUUGCCCGGAUUGCUGAUGGAAGGGAAUCCUGAGAAAUACGUCCUAUGCCUGAUAGUGAUGCACAGGUCACUUGUUGGGCUUGAUAAAUUUCUGGGACAAGUGGCGAUAGAUCUGAAUGAUAUCUUUGAGGACAAGCUAAGAAGGAAAACUGAGUGGUUUAGCCUGGUGUCCAAACAAGGAAAGAGAACUAAAGACAGAGGAGAAAUAAAGGUCAAUAUUCAGUUUAUGAGGAACAAUAUGACAGCAAGUAUGUUUGACCUUUCAAUGAAGGACAAAACUAAAUCUCCAUUUGCUAAACUAAAGGACAAAAUGAAGGGUCGGAAGACUGAUGGAACAUUUUUUGAUACAUCCUCUGCAAUCAUUCCAAGCAGUCACAUACCAGAAACUAACACUGCAACUUCCCUUGGUGAAAUACAGUUAAAAUCUAAACCAAAAAAGCCUUUCCUGUUGGGACCUCAGCGACUAUCUUCAGCUCAUUCAAUGUCCGAUUUAACUGGGCCCCAGGUGACUUCGGAAAAAAUUAAAUCGGGCACAGUUGCCAAUGCAUACCUCUUCAGACGUCAGCUUGAAUCUGUUGGUUCUGCGGAUGAAAGUGGAAAUGUAAAAUCUCCACACAGACGGACGUUAAGUGCAGAUACAACUAAAGUGAGUCAGCCACUUGAUGACUGCGACUCAGCUUUUGGAGCACAAAAUGACCCUUUUAAAAAUGUGAGUGCUUCGUUGCCUCAGAAGUUUGCUACCCUGCCAAGGCAGAAGAAUCCAUUCGAAGAAAGCCCCAUGUCAUGGGACCAAAACGUAGGUCUGUUUUCAAAACCUGCUGAAAUAAAAAAAGACGUUAAGAAAGAAAGAAAAGAGAAGGUUAGUCUCUUUGAAAGAGUCACUGGGAAAAAAGAUAGUAAGCGGUCUGACAGACUUAGCAAUGGAGGAUCAGAUGCUUCUGCUGAUUUGAAAUCACCUAGUGCACUCGGUGAAAAUCAUCAGGACAGUUUUGAUUUUGAUUCAACUAAUCCCUUUACAACAAGCUUCAAGCCAACAAAAGUGCUGCCAUCUUCUAGUUUUAAUGUGAAUCCUGCGCAUAUCGAAGACCUCAGGAAAACUGUGGAUGCAAAUCCAUUUGAUGCUGCUGCAGGGUAUCGUAACCUUACACAUGAAGAGGUCUUACAAGAAUUAGUGAAACAUAAAGAACAACUGAAGAAGAAGGACACCCAUAUUCGUGAACUUGAGGACUAUAUUGAUAAUCUUCUUGUGCGAGUAAUGGAAGAAACUCCUAGUAUUCUCCGAGUGCCAUAUGAACCUUCUCGGCGAGCUGGCAAAUUUUCAAAAAGCUAAGCCAGUGCCAACACCCGAUGAUAUUUCUUUAAUAGGAUGGACUGUUUAUUUCAGUGUUUUGAUAUCUUAGCUUCCUAAUACUGAUUAGUAUUGUCAAAACUGGCAACCCACAUGAGCUGCAUAACGUUUUUGGAAAAGUAAGAUUUAAAUUCCAUUUGCUAUGAAACAUUCCUCUUAACAUUUACAUGCAAGCAUCUUUUGUUUUUUUAAAAAAAUUGUAGUAACUUGUAUACCACUGUGAGCUAUACAAUCCUAGACACAUACUUGAAUAUUUAUUUUGCACUUCAAUCAGUCUCUUUGAUCUUACAGCAUGCUGUCUAUGUGUAUGCGCACAAGCGGGAUGUGUUUUGCAGCUCUAAACAUGAAGUGAAAUCUGAAGAUGUGAGAUUUUAUUGUUAGCAUUUUAUGACUAGGAAUCACCAGUAGAGGAUUGAUUAUCAGUGAGGAAGUGUCAUGUGUUUUUACAUAAAGAUGCUGACAUUAAUGGUUCCUGAAUGGAAUGUUUUUGAAGCAUUAGUACCCAAUAAGAAUCAUGGCAAGUAGCAAGUUAUUGAAAUUGGUAUGGAUGCUAAAUAUGAGGAUAUGGCAUGCAAAUAUGCAUUAAGUAAAGAAAGCAUAGGAAAGUGAUGAAUGAAUACCUCAUUUUCUGAAAGUUUAUAUGAAUUAUGGGAGAUAAUGCUGACGGACAUGUCAGCGUUUACAUCUUUCCUUGGCUUUUGCCAAACUUGGGAAAUGGAAAUUGUGUGCUCGCUUGUCUUUCCCAAUCUAGGAGAGUGCUUUUUUAAAAUGGGGAGUUGUUGUUCUUUUCUUAAGUACUAUAUUCUGUGUCCAAAUCAAAUAUUGAUCUUCACUUAAGAGUGAUAGAUGUAUUUGGUUAAGCAUGUCUCUUGACUAGGUGACAUUUGUGUAUAGUGUUGUGUGCCUGUUGCAAAGUGGCAAAAUGUGAUUCUAAUGGGAAGCACUGCCAUGAAGAGAAAGAUAGUUUGCUAUACCAGUAAUAAAAACUUUGCAUUGUUUUAAUUUGCUUUAUACAAAACAGAAUGUUUGCCAACAUGAAGUGAAAUAGGUUUAAACAUAAGGUACAUGAAGUGUUAAGAAGAGGGUUUCUUUUUCUUUUCAGAUAGUAAUUUUUCUUGCUUGUAAUCUACAUUUCUCAAACAUAGACAUAAAGAGGGUUCCCCCCUCCUUUUUGACUGAUAAAGAAUACUAGUUGAAAUAGCUCUAAUUUUUUGUUGUUACCAUGUCAAGAACCUUUCCUUAAUCAAAACAUUCUUUUAACUAAAGUAAUAGGGCAGAGCUUGUCAUCAGAAGAUGGUGGAAAGGGAGUAUUUCUAUUAUUGAAUAUCCUCAGCCACAUUAAGCAGAAUAUUGUGCCAUGGACAGAUUCAUUUCCACUUUCCUAUAGCAAUUUUGUCGUUCCUAAUACAUGAGUAACUCUAAAUGGUGGUACUGUGUCUUAGAAGAACAUGAAGAGCUUUUUCUGUAAGUCUAUGUACUUUCACUUUAGAUGAAUACCAAAGGAUGCAUAUUCUAAGCUAUUGUUUUUUAAGGUUAACUACUGUGUUUGAAAUAGAUGCUUUGCCAUCAUCAUUUAUACCAGAAUGUAUUUUAAUAUUCCAUUGCUCACUUAAAGCUUGCAGAUCCAAAGUACCAUACUUAAUUACUACCAUCUACCAUCUACUAUUGGAAAUUACAGGGCCACUGAUGUUUAAUUUGAACUUCCAUUAUAUGCAAGUUCAUUAUGUGUCUUCAAUGAGCAUUCCUCAGCUACAACAGAAGAGUAUAAACCACAGAAUUCUGAACUCAUGUUAAUUAUUAAUCUUAUUUUCAAUCACCUUUCGAAUUUCUUCUGUUAGCAUCUUAAUGUGAAAGAUCAAACUGACUAUACAGUUUUUCUCAUACUCAGAGUUAACAAGAACUUUAGUUAACAUUUUGUGAAGGGUUUUCAUGAGUUUUCAAUCUGAUCUAUAAGUGAAUGCAAGCACCUUUUUAUUUCCAAUAUUUAAAUGCAAAUAUCAGCAAAAAAAUUGCAAAUACGUUUGUAAAAUUAUUAUAGCUAAAACAGAAAAAUACAGUGUUUAUAAGCAACAAAACCCCUUCAUAAUUUGUGACAAAACUGACUACUGGAAAUAUAACUUUGAAUGCUGAUCCACAUUCUCUGAGCAAUUCUGAGCUACACUAUCACAGAAAUCAUAGAAUAGACACAUGACUGUCCUGUGCAAAUAUAUGCUUCUAGGAGCAAUGACCAAGGUUCAGCUACAAGCAGAAAUUAGGAGAGGCUACUUAUGAAAGGAGGGUGGUUGUACCUGUACCACCUCGGCAAUUUGCAAGGCAACUCUGGCCUGAGAAUAACUUUGGUGAGAGCACACUCCAGUAUUUGUAUGUCUUCAGAUUCCAUGUUUCUAUUUAAACUAUAUACAAUAAUCAUUUUAUAAUAAAACACUGCCCCCCAAUAUUUUUUAUUUACCUGUAGCAUUAAACAAUUUAUCCUGAGUUGUUUUUAGGAGCUUCAAAAUCCACCCUUUCAUGCCACAUACAGUUCAUCACCAAGAUGGACAAUAUUGGGAAUGCCCACAUUUUACCCAUCCUUCUAUUCUCUGUCUCGCGAAAAAUUAGCAUGAAGGGCUUUUUGGCAAUCAUACUUUAUUCCUUUUCAAAUUGCACCGCCUAAGAGCAGAAUGGUUAGCAUUUCUUGUAAAGUAUAUGAAGGCCAUUCUUAGGGUUGUAGCUAUCAAGUGAAAAGUUACUACCAGAAAGAAUGUUUAGUAUUAUAUUACUUUUCACUGCUGUAUUUUAAAUGUUUAUGUUGAACUUGAUUGCCACUUUCCAAUGAAUGUAGACUUAUUCAUAGAUUAUGCUUAGCUACAUCUCUUGUUGUUUGCUGUAAAUCAAGGGCUAGUUGUAAUGUUCCAGCUGUUAAAACCUUGCCUUGUAUUUGAGUGCUUUAUAAAUGGGGUCAUAUCCUCAAUUGAGCAUCUUAACAAACCGUUAUUCCCACCUCCCACCCCAAGCUCUUUGCUCAAUUAAAAACAAAACGUAUGUCUUAAAAUAUAUUUACUGCUGCAGUGGAAUAUUAUUUACAACUAUAUAUUUAAAAAAAUGUAACUUAGGCUAAGGGUUUCCCCACAAGCUGAGCUCCGUGUGUCCUUAAAAGCUGUAGAAGUGGAAGAAUUGAAAAUGUAUGUGUUUUAAAAUAUGUUUGUUGUAUGUCAAAAUUCUUUGCUCCCAAGCAACCAACAAAGGAUUACAGCACUGAUAGAUGAACAAGUCUGUUGUGGGUUCUGUAAAAAUAUUUUUCUCCCAGGUGUUCUAAGGGCUGAACAGGAGAAGCAGGUUCUGACACCCCCAUUUAUGCGUGUCCAAAUUGACUCUAAAUCUAGGUACCAUUACCAGCAGUAUUAUGCAACAGUUACAGCACUUUAACCUAUUGACUUCUUUGGUGAAGAUCCUCAGAUGGAUAUCUAUUAAGGUACCUCUGCCUGCAGCACUGUUGGCCAUCACUUAGUCCUGUAGAAUAUAGGCCUCUUCAGUUGUUACCUGCUACUCAGGGGCUCAGCUGUGACAUCUGCAGCAGAGAACCUUCUUUAUUCUUGGCUGCUCCUCAUGUGACUUUAAAAACUGCUCUUCCGGUGCUUGCAUUACAGCUAAAUUUGUGUGCAGCCACAAGUAGAGCAGCAAUGGGGUGGGACCACAUGCACAUCCCCACAACCCAUUUGUACAUGUCCCUUUUUGCACGAGUAACGUCUGAAGAGCAUUUCUAUGUUCCAGGAAUCUGCAGCAAAUACAGCACAUUCUGUUCUGAAUUGGUUGCAGCUGUAUUUAGUACAAUAAGAUGCUGUACUAGAGACUUACAACAACUAUACGAAAGAUAUGUGCAUGUCUUGGAUAAAAGAGGGUUCCCUUGUUUUUGUGCAAUGACUAAUAAUUUGUACCCAUUUCCCCCUUCCAAAAUUAAAAGUUACAUCUUAUGUGACACCUGUAUAUAUAGAAUGAUGAAAUGCAUGAACUAUCAUUUUGAUUGCUUUUGUAAACUUGAACAUGUUUUAUUUGAUCAAAAUUAUAAUCUUAAUUUUAGAUAUUCACUCCAGUUACUGUUGCAUGUCAGACAUCAAUAAAAUGCUUCUGUGCACUCCAUAGCCACAGCUGUUUGUCUUGUCAUUCUAAAAUAUUCAGUGCAGCAAGGAUUGAAAAUCCACUUCAAGGUUCGUAAUAUUCAUACCGUGAAAAAUUAACUCGUACAAGUUUCAUGAUCAGUGAUGCAAAUGGGUGGCAUAAAUUGUCUGGGAAUUUUGAGAGUAGUACUUGUACUUAGCUUCUCAAUCAUAAGCCUGAAAAAUGAAUAAAAGCAGCAAUUUUGUAAGAAAAUAAAAAGAGUAGUCACGAAGUAAGCAAGUUAUUUCAGUUCAUUUUAGGCAGUAGGUGUUCUGUUGCUCCUUGCAGUGUGUGUUUCAGUUGCAUUAAUAAUGUGAUAGAGGUGAUAGAAGUUCAACUGUAGCCUACACCAGCUCUUCAUUUUCUGAUGUCAUGAUUUCCAACACAAGACAUUCACUGUGGUCUAAACCACUGAGCCUCUUGGGUUUUCCAAUCAGAAGGUCAGCAGUUCAAAUCCCCGCAUCAGGGUGAGUUCCUGUUCUGUCCCAGCUCCUGCCAACCUAGCAGUUUGAAAGCACACCAGUGCAAGUAGAUAAAUAGGUACCACUGUGGAGGGAAGGUAAACGCCGUUUCCGCACGCUCUGGUUUCCGUCACGGUGUCCCGUUGUGCCAGAAGCAGUUUAGUCAUGCUGGCCACAUGACUUGCAAAGCUGUCCGUGGACAAACGCCAGCUCCCCCGGACUAAAAGCAAGAUGCGCGCUGCAACCCCAUAGUUGCCUUUGACUGGACUUAACUGUCCAGGGGUCCUUUACAUUCCUGGAGUGUUGCCCAUGUUAGUGUCCUCCAGCACAGAAAAGGUCUUCUGGCAUCUUAAAGGCUAACAUAUUUCUUUAUGGCAUGUGUUUUCAUUCGCAAUUGGGGUGAAGGAAUUGUAAACCAGGAAGUUAGAAAGAAGUGCAGAAAAGUACAGAUGGUGCCGACAAAGACUUUCAUUUGUUUCUCUGAACAGGGCUGUAGAAUUCUCAACCCAGGUAGGAGACAUGGGUUGCUGUCCCCAGCAUCCCCUCACACCCAUCCCACCUUGACAUUCUUCCCACCUUCUCUUGAAUACAGGGAGAAUAAUAGUAGAACCUUUUGUGAUCAGGAGCCUUGAUAAAGCAGGUUUCCCAAUCACUUGGAGGCUUCUUGCAUUCUAGCAAGCAUGCAUAGGAGCCCCCUUCAGACUUAAUCUGUUCAACACAGGAAGGUUUGGUCCACAAGGUGGUAUCCAGUGCUCUCAUUCUGCCCAGAAUUAUGCUAAUGGAAUGGAAUUUUCCCCACCUCUGAUCCCUAUGUGCCCUAAAAAAUCAGCUCU